ACACGGCUUUGCUGCCCGCCGGAUCCCGAGACGUUUCCCAGGCCGUCUCGUGCAGCCUGUCUGCCUGGCACUCCUGCACCCCGUAAAUGCCGCCGUGCCUGCUCCACGCAGCCUGGCUUGGCACACACAGGGCACAGUUCCUCGGUCGUGAAGGAGGUGGGGGCGGUGAGCGGGGCCUUGGCGCUGGAGCAGCUCGUGGGGCCGCCUGCGGGGUCUCCGGGGCGGGAAACUGCGGCAGGGCCACGUGUCCUGCUCCCCGCGUCCCGGGUCCCCGCGGCGAAGGCGGCCGCCAGCUGGGGACCUCGCGAGCGCCCACGGCUGGAGUCGGGACGCCGCACCUCCCGGCCGGAGCGGGUCUUCGCGCGCGCGGACGUGUCGGACCGGCCCUGGCCUCCCGCUACCGAAGGCCCCAGUGCCGCUCCCGCGACGCCCAGGGCCCCCAGCGGCGGCCCCCAGUGUCCGCCCAGCAGUGUUGAGAGCGAGCCGUGGGGCGCGCUCAUGCGCGCUGUGCGCGCAGAUCCGAUCUUGGACCGCCUGCCGCUGCCCCCGCUGCCCACCUUCCCCAGCCAGGAACUAGGGCCGGAGCUCCCCGCAGUCGCUGAGGUCUUCACUGUAGGGACCAAGGCCUUUACCUGGACGCCCUUUCCGCCGGCCGGCGGGGGCCCAGGCCUUACUGAUAAGCGGUUUCAAGGGGCGGCGGUUCCCCCGGGGUCCCCCGCCCCAUCCCUGGAAGGACAGCAUGUGUCUGAUCUCAGCGGGACCCCCAGACCACUGCAGCAGCUGACAAAGGAGGAGCCCCUGGCCCUGCGGAGCUGCCCCCUGUGCCAGAAGGAGUUCACCCCUGAGCUGACCCAGCUGGACGUGGACAGCCACCUCGCACAGUGUCUGGCCGAGAGCACAGAAGACGUGGAGUGGUAGCUGUGGGGACCCAGCGCCCUGCCCAACCCUCUCCCCAAGGCCUGCACAUUAAAUUGGGUUCUCGCUGGUGA